GAGAGAAAAAAAAGUCUGAAGGAGCGGAGGGUUUAGCAGCUUCUCUACGUGGACCCAAACCUUUACAUUGUCUCAUCGUCAAUAAACCCUAAACCCCCAAAAAAUCCCCAGCUCGGUUAUCAUUUCCAUCGGAUUCGGAUCGUCUCAGAUGGCGUUCAUGUCUAGCUUCCGUCGUGUUCUUGGCGGAUCGGCAUCUGCUCUUCCAUCCCAAUUCGCUGCCAUUCGUCACAACACAACCCUCACAUCCCCUAAGCUAUUCAUCAGCGGACUUUCGAGAUUAACAACUGAUGAAAAACUUAAGCAGACGUUUUCUGAAUUUGGGCAGAUUGAACAGGCAAAAGUGAUAACCGAUAGGGCGACUGGAAGAUCAAAGGGGUUCGCUUUCAUUACAUACUCAACGAUUGAAGAAGCUGAGAAGGCAAAAGAGGGAAUGAAUGGUAAGUUCUUGGAUGGGUGGGUCAUUUUCGUUGAUCCUGCCAAGCCUAGGGAGUAUAGACCCCCACCUCAAGCACAGCAAGAGUCUUCUGAUAAUGGUUUCAAAGUAAACAAGACUAUUGGAUGGUGUGGAUGAUUUCGUUGGUUACUCGGUGGAUCUCAUUGUGAUGAAAGGAAGGCAAUUUAAACAUUAUAACUCAUUGCUAUUUGUAUUAGUAUGAACAAACUUUUAGGCGAUUAUUUUGAACAGGUAGACCUUGCCAACCUUGUUCUGUAUGGGUUUCAUUUUGGCCUCUGUUGGACUACUUCAGUGCUUUAAUAUAUAUGCCAAUGUAGGCUCUUUCUUUUGUGGCUUCAUA